CGGCAAAGGCUCGUUUGUUUUGAUGUGUUUUUAAAUAUUUAAUCAUGAAGUUACAUUGCCAAAUAGAAGUUAUCAAUAGAUUACACAGUUCUUUAAAUAUAAGAUCAAGUGGGAAAUAUUUAAAAUCUACUCUUGCUCUAAUAAAAGAACCAAAAAAUGAAACGGAAUAUAGUCUCUUACUAUUUUCAACUGUAAAUAAAACUGGUACAAAAUAUCGUGUUAAAUCUGUAAAGCAAAUGUUUGUUAAGUUCAUAAAUGAAGGUAAAGCCACCAUACGCUUCGAAGAACCACCUCAUGAUUUGUGUAUCAAAUGUGAACAUAUACAAUUGAAAUGCUUCGUAAAACUGCUUAGGUCGUGCAUCACUGGUGAUACAAAGACCAUACAUUUAGCCAAAUUAUCAAGUGUCGCCGUAACGCAUAAAGAAACUCCCACUAAACUGGUAAUACGUGAUCGGAGUGGUUUCCCUAUCAAAGGAUUUCCAAGAACUUUAGAAAAUCUUUCUAUAAGUGGACUGAACAUUUGCAAUUUCCGAAGAGACAUUUUGUUGUUGAAACAACUUGUUGUACUUGAUCUCAGUAACAACGCAAUUGUCGCCAUACCUCCAGAAUUAGGAAAUAUGCCAAAUUUAGCUGAAUUACAUUUGGCAAACAAUCAGCUUGGAGUAAAGGGAAAAAUUGAUUGGAGAUGGCUAUUGGGACAGCAGAUUAAAAAUAGGCUGAAACUUUUGGACGUAAGCGGAAAUGAAUUAAGAUACCUGCCAAAAUCUAUAUGGAAAGUACAGAGUCUAGUUACUCUUAAAUUGGAUAAAAAUCUUUUAGAAUAUCUGCCAAACACAAUUGGUCGCAUGAAUAACCUCAGGUAUCUCACAAUAGCUCAGAACAAUCUCGUAUCACUGCCAUGCAGUAUGCUCCAAUGCCACUUGGAUUACAUAGAUCUUUCAGAUAAUAAACUCGAUGAUGGAGGUACAGCGAAAUCAGAAAUGCUUAAAAGCAACCCUUGGGAAAUGUUUGUUGCUAGUUUAGUAGAUUUGGCAGCCAGAGUUGUAAUAAAACAGAAGAUACCUUACACCUCAGAUAUCAUACCAUGGACAUUAGUAGAAUAUUUAGAUGAUGCCAACACAUGUAUCUGUGGAGAACCUGUCCUAAGUAAAGAUCAUUAUAGCUAUAGAGAAUUCCAAUUAAAAGAUUAUUCUCGUGUUGUUGUGUCAAAUAAUAACAGGAAGAAUACUGUGUCGUUCCUAUGUUAUUACUGUUCGCCCAAAUGUGCGUGAUAUAAUCAAAGUAUGAAAUUAAACAAUAAAAUAAAAUAUUUAUUGAUAAAUGUUCUUUCAUUAAAAUUUUAUGAUAAAUUAAUUAAGACCUUCAAGCUUCCAACUGAUGUCAGAAAUAACUGGAGCUAUUCUUAUGUGUGGAUCUGAAAAUAAAGAAAAAACAUUGUAACGUAAGCUUGUAAAUUACAGACUACAUAUAUGUGGAAAUGUGGUUAGUAGAUUUCAUUAAACAAUAUUAUAGUAUCGCAAACACAAAUAAUUGAAUAAAACAAUGGG